AGCUGUCACCUAUGAGAACCAGUCUAAAGACUACAGAAAGAAGAUCGAAACUCUGGGAAACCAGAUUGGCGAGUAUGAAGGAGAACUGCACACUCUGAGGUUGAGAUGCGGGUCGCUUGAGGAUGAAAAUGCCAAGAUCCGAGAACUUCUGGAAAAACUCCAGGCACAGAUCAGACGUCUGCGUGCAGAUCUGGACACAGAAACGGCAGCCCACAUUGAGGCUGACUGCCUUGCCCAGACCAAGACAGAGGAGUGCGAGUUCUACAAGGAUCUCCUCGACCAGCUGGAGCUCCUUAAACCUGAACCUAUUCAGAUCAAGGGCAUGGACUACGCUGACUUCUGGAAAUCUGAGCUGGCCAAGUGUGUCCGUGAGAUCCAGUGUGCCUAUGAUGAGAAGAUUGACCUAAUCCAGCAAGACUGUGAGGCUAAAUAUGAGUCCCAGAUCAACUCCCUGCGUUCUGGCAAUGUGAAGGACGGCAUGCAACUGCAGCAUGUGCAGGAAGAGGUCAAGAAACUGAGAUCUCAGGCUUCAGAGAAGAAUGCUGCCUACGCUGAACUGGCUGCCAAGUAUGCCUCACUACAAGCUGAACGUGAUGCAAUUGGACGUCAAGUUUCAGAACUUGAAAGAGAGUUGGAGGAACUACGAAUUAAGUACAACCAGGAUUGUAGUGAUCUGUCCAAUGAACUGGCAGCAGUCCUGGAAUCACUGCAGGCCAUGUCCAAUCUCAAGUCAACUCUAGAACUGGAAAUUGCUUGCUACAGAAAGCUUCUGGAGGGUGAAGAAUCCAGGGUUGGUCUGAGAUCUCUUGUGGAGGAAGCCAUUGGAGUGCAGGGAAGAGGAGGUGCAUCUCUGAAGGAUACCAUCCAACAAUCCAGUUUGAAAGAAGGAACUGGAAGUUUGACUGUCCAAAGAUCAUCCAAGGGGCCACUUGCUAUUGCCAGCAUUGGACACAGUGGAGAAAAUGUUGUCAUUGAGAAUACAACUUCUGGUACACGAGCUAAGAAUCAAAGUCUGAAAGGCUGGCGGCUCAUAAGGAAUGCAAAUGGCAAGGACACGGUGAAUGUUGCACUAAAAGACACUGAACUCAAGUCUGGCCAGAAGUAUACUGUCUGGGCCAAGGGAGCCAAGGAUACAACACUCAGUGAGAAUGAGCAGGUAGCAGACUACACUAACUUUGGUGUGGGCAGCUGCGUGUGGAAGCUGGUGGAUGAGACAGGCAGUGAAAAAGCAACUCUGAAUGCCAAAUUUAGUGCAUAA